AUGGCAGGGAUGCAGGUGAUGGUGGCAGGGAUGCAGGUGAUGGUGGCAGGGAUGCAGGAUGAAUCCUCCAGCCACGAGUGUAACCAGCGCAUGAUUCUCCUCUGUGCUGUGGGGAAGGAGCGGGAGGAAGCGAGGCAGCGGCUGAAGAAGAUCACCAAAGACAUCCUCAAGAUCCUGAACAAGAAGAGCACCACAGAAAUGGGUGUGGGGGACGAAGGGCAGAAAGCCUGGAAGACCAAAGCAGAGGCAUUUCCAAGCCUGGAGACUGUGUUAACCAAACUGCAGCAGCUGUCCUAUUUCGAUCAACAUCAGGUGACAUCCCAGAUCUCCAGCAACGUCCUCGAGCAGAUCACCAGCUUUGCCUCGGGAACCUCGUCCCACCUGCCCUUGGCUCACCACGUCCAGCUCAUCUUCGACCUUAUGGACCAGCGCUGAACAUCAACGGGCUCAUGGACUUUGCAGUGCAGCUGCUGACCGAGCUGAGCGCGGUGGAGGCGGAGCUGCUGCUGAAGUCGUCCAGCCUGGCCGGGAGCUGCACGCCGGGACUGUGUGUG